CACACCUUUUUACCUGUAUGCUUUCUAGUUACCGUAAUAAAAUGUACACCUCUAUUCAGUCGUUGAAACCUAUGGAUGUGUUUUUCCUUUAGCUAUAUAUUUAUAGUUCAGUUGUUGUAUGCUGACGGAUGAACAGCAUGUCAUCUUUCUGUGGGAAUUCGUCACUCUGGACAGACGAAGAGCUAUCAGCUUCUGGUCCUAAUUUUACGGAUUGUUUCCGGAACAUCGUUCCCGUGUUCAUACCGGUGGUAUGGCUGAUUCUAGGCAUGCCCUUCUACAUCAACAAUAUUAUUAAACGGCAGAGACAACAAAUUCCUCUGACACCACUCAGUAUUGUGAAAACUGUUUUAUGUUUUGUUGGUGCGUUCCUGUGGUUGGCUGAUAUCGGUGUUAACAGAUCUCUUGGGUAUCGCUGUGACAGUUUUACAGACCCUCCAUUGGUAUAUUAUGUUUGUGCUGUUUUCCAGUUGUUAGCUGUUAUUUACGUGGCCACUGUUACCCAAGUAAACAGACACAGAGGCGUAAUAACUUCCUGGAUGUUGUGGAUAUUUUGGCUGCUGUCUUUUUUUAUAAAUAUUAUACCACUUGUGUGGAAUAUCACAAAUCAGCCAAAGUGUAUUAACAGUAUAUUCCAUUAUGUGUUCUUUGCUGUUAUACUUGUCCAACUGGUAUUAUACAGUUUUACAGACAACCUAUUUAAAGAUGAAUACGAGCAUAUCGGAAAGAUGGAGUGUCCAGAAACUUACUCUUCUGUUGUGUCAAAGAUUUUGUUCUGGUGGUAUAAUCCUGUAGUUACAUUAUGUUACAAGAAAAAAAUAACAAAAGAAGAUUUGUGGGACAAUUUACCAUGCCUUAAGGCAGAACCAGUUGUUGCUGAAAUACAGGCAUCAUGGAGAGGGCAAGAAAAUCGUUCAACACUGGAUAGCCGUCAAUUUGCUGAAAAGCCUACGAUGAAUGGACUUUUUAAAACAGGCUAUUAUGAAAUCGGAAAAGACUCGGUUAAUCUACAGAAGUACGACCAUUGUCAAAUGACCAAUGGACAUUUGAACAGUAGUAAACCUGUAAUUGAAAGCAAUCCAUCAUUGAAUGGCACAAACUGUAAACAAGAACCUUCGUUUCUGAAAUGUGUUGUGAAACUGUAUGGAUACGAAUGGUUGCGUGCUUGUUUUAUUCAAAUACUGUCAGACACUGCAAUGCUACUACAGCCACUUAUUCUGGCAUUAAUAGUAGAGGAAGUCCAGAUAACAGAUAAUUAUACCUGGUAUAGUGUCGUACUUGCGAUACUUUUGUUUCUUCUUUGCCAGCUACAAUUGGUGUUGUAUUUGCACGCAGAACAGCUUACUCUUAGACUUGCAUUGAAAAUCAAAACUGCUUUAAUGGGAAUGAUUUAUAAAAAGACUUUUCGAAUAAAAAGCAGUGAGAAAAAAACGUAUACAGCUGGUGAAAUUAUGACUUUGGUUUCCGUGGACUGUCAGCGGAUUCAAGAUGCUUUCCAAUUUACUCAACAACUGUCCUCGUUUUGUAUUGUGAUUGUAGUUGGUCUUUAUGAGUUGUGGAAGCCAAUGGGGAUAUCAUUUCUUGGAUGUCUUGUGGUUAUUCUUCUUAUUUUCUUCUUGAAUUCAAUUUUUGGAAAACUACUGCAAGAUUAUUUUGAAGACAUAUUCAUGUAUAAAGGUAGCAGAAUAAAAAUAUUCAACGAAGUCAUAAAUGGAAUCAAGCUGAUUAAAAUGUAUACAUGGGAGCCAUUUUUCUUAACAAAAAUUAAAGAUAUUCGACGUAAAGAAAUUGAUGUACUUAAGAAGAUAUCGAAAGUUACAAUCACGAACUUACUAUGUGUAGAUCAUAGUCCAUUUUUUAUGAAUUUGUUCAUGUUGCUUAUAUUUACCUUUGUGUCACAUCAACCAUAUACAGCAAAGAAUGCCUUUCUUGCAUUGUCCAUAAUCAAUAUCUUGAAAUUUCCUUUGAACGUGAUACCGUUUACACUUGGUGGAAUCGCUCAGGCAUCAGUGUCAAUAAGAAGAAUAGGGAAAUUCCUCCAAUCACCCGAAAUAGAUAACUAUAAAUGUCAUGGAGACUCUCCUCCGAAUUCAGAAUUUGCUAUCACUUUUAGUAACGGGAAGUUUACAUGGGACAGAGGUUGCAAUCAAGUAGCCCUUUCAGGCUUGAAUACAAAAAUCCGACAUGGAAAACUUGUAGCAGUGGUAGGUCUUGUUGGGUCCGGGAAAUCCUCGUUGUUAUCCAGCAUUCUUGGUGAGAUGGAGAAAUUAGAAGGCGAAGUUCAUGUACAGGGUUCAGUAUCUUACGUUUCACAGGAACCAUGGAUACAAAACCUUACAAUCAGAGAUAAUAUCUUAUAUGGACAUGAAUUUGUUGAUCGUAAAUAUAGAAAAGUGAUUAAAAACUGCUGCUUGAGAACAGAUUUUAAAAUUCUCCCUGGUGGAGAUGAAACUGAAUUAGGGGAAAGGGGAAUAAAUGUCAGUGGAGGCCAAAAACAACGCAUAAAUCUGGCUAGAGCAGUUUAUUGUGAUUCUGACAUAUACCUGAUGGAUGACCCUCUUAGUGCUGUUGAUUCCCAUGUUGGUAAAGAUUUAUUCGACAAAGUUAUUGGUCCCCAUGGAAUGCUCAAAAAUAAGACGAGAAUUUUUGUAACACAUGGUGUGCAAUGGCUUCCAAAGGUUGAUGAAAUAAUAGUGAUGGACAAUGGUAAAAUUUCUGAGCAUGGAACAUACGAACGCUUAGUCAGCAAUAAUGGUCCUUUUUCCCGGUUUUUGAUGCAGUACCUUGUAGACGAAGACACAUCAGAAGACGGAGACGACACUGAAUUUCAGCAAAUUAAAGAUGAAAUGUUCGAGAGAGUAAUUGUUACUUCUGAUGGAGGGAUGUCUGAUUAUAUAACAUCCGACUGUGUUAUGUCAGACGACGAAAAUAAAACACAGCGUUCAAAGUCACGAAGGACCUUAGCAAGACAAAACAGUCGCAAGCUUAAAAGACAACUGUCAAAAGAUUGUGGAUCACCAGAGAAACUAGAAAGUCAAACAGCAAAACCAUCUAAAAAAGAUGGCGUGCUAGUACAAGAUGAAACAUCUGAAAAAGGAUCGGUAAAGCUAGCAGUCAUUCUCACUUACAUCAAGUCAAUGGGUGUAUUAAUUACAAUUAUGGCAUUUAUUUUCUUGUGUGUAUACCAAGGCUUAGGAAUAUAUUCAAAUAUCUGGAUUACAUACUGGACAUCUAAUUUGUAUUUAUUGAAUGUUUCAAAUUGGAACACCGACUUUUACUAUGAAGAAAAAACUUACUAUCUUGGAUUUUAUGCUUUGAUUGGAAUAUUACAAGGAAUUUGUUUUAUACUUUUUCAAGGUUUCAUUGUAAACGGUUUCAUACAUGGAACAAAUAGAUUUCAUUCAAAGGUUUUGAGCAGCAUUCUCCGAUCACCGAUGUCAUUUUUCGAUACAACACCUACAGGACGAAUCAUAAAUCGAUUUUCCGGUGAUAUCGAUAUAUUAGAUGACAGAUUUCCUCGUAUCUGUAAUUUUUUUAUUAUUUCCCUAUCAACUCUGAUUGCUACUAUGAUAGUGAUAGUCAUGAAGACCCCAUUGGUGAUGGUUGUUAUCGCUCCUGUAGCAGUUUUAUACGUUGUAAUUAUAAAAUUCUAUUUGCCUACAUCCAGACAAUUAAAAAGGACAGAGGCGGUGACGAGAUCACUCCUGUUAAGCCAUUACAGUGAGACUAUAAACGGCACCAGUGUUAUUCGUGCCUAUAACUCAGAGGAAAGGUUUAUCGAUGAAGUCUACAAACGGUUGGACUUGAACUCAUCAUUUUAUUUUGCCGCAAACACUGGAAUGGGAUGGAUUGGAAUGAGAAUACAGACGUUUGGAAACUUGGUAGUUUUAGCUGCUGCACUUUUUGCUGUUCUCUCAACAUCUCUUUCUGGGGCAGAUGCUGGCCUGUCAUUGACAUAUGCAUUACAGAUAAUAGUAAGCAUGAAUGCUGUUGUACAGACUGUCAGUAUUUUACAAAUGGAUAUUAUAUCAAUGGAAAGGGUUGAUGAAUACAGCAAAUUACAACCAGAGGCAACAUGGAUAGGCAACAAAAGGCCAGUUGAUGACUGGCCAGCAAAUGGAGAAAUUGAGUUUUUGAACUAUAAGACCUGUUAUAGAGAAGGGUUGGACUUAGUAUUGAGGGGUGUUAGCUGUAACAUAAAGCCUGGGGAAAAGAUAGGCGUGGUCGGACGCACAGGAGCAGGAAAGUCGUCUUUAACAAUGUCACUUUACAGACUAAUAGAGAGAGUUGAUGGUUGUAUCAAGAUUGAUGGACUUGAUAUAGCUGCUAUUGGAUUGCAUGAUCUUAGGUCGAAAAUUUCUAUUUUACCUCAGGAUCCAGUGAUAUUUUCUGAGUCAUUGAGAACAAACCUUGAUCCAAGUAGCAAAUUUACAGAUGCGCAAAUUUGGAGAGCAUUAGAGUAUUCAAAUUUAAAAAGUUUCAUAACUUCUCAAUAUGCCGAUUUGAUGUCAGAAGUAGGUGAAAGUGGACGAGAUCUAAGCGUUGGGCAACGUCAAUUACUAUGUUUGACCAGGACGUUACUGCAUAAAACAAAAAUACUGCUGUUAGAUGAGGCAACUGCUGCAGUGGACAUGGACACUGAUAAGAUUAUUCAGCAAACAAUAAAAUCGCAUUUCUCUGAAUGCACGGUUUUAUCUAUAGCUCAUCGGAUAAAUACAGUGAUAGAUUAUGACAGAAUAAUGGUUAUGGAUGAUGGUAUUAUAGCUGAAUUUGAUACGCCCGAAACCCUGCUACAAAACAAGGCAGGAGUGUUUUAUUCCUUAGCGAAAGAGGCCAAUCUUAUAUGAAGCACAAUAUUCGAAUCCAUAUACAUUUCUUUUCGAUUUUUAAAUCAUAUGAAACUUCAAAAUUAAAAAAAAGGAGUUUAAUAUGUUUUACGUUCUUAAAACUUUACUCGAAAAGAAAUAAACAUGAACUUUUGUUUAGACGAAAAUCUGUUACAUUAUCAAAAUCUUCAUAAAUGUAUGGAUAUUAAUUAUUGACUUCUCAGACACUAAUUCGACGAUACUUUCCUGUAUGCAAAGAUAUAAAGUUCGAGACCUCUCGCUAUAACACCUUCCAACACAAUAGGUGGGACCACAUUUAAAGAAUGUCAACCAAAGUGCUCUUGAGUGUAAAAAUUAAUAUCAGAUUCUUAACAUGAAUAAAUUAAAUCAUUUAACAACUGUUAUGGAACAAUUUAAUUUAUAAAUGGAAUGAUACUUUAAAUUGGCUUAUCUUUCACGUUGUUCAAAUUUGUUUUAUCAUUUCUUACACAUUUCAAAACAUAUGCUGAAUGGUGGCAUCAUUUUACUGAUUUUUUUUGUUGAUUUUUUUUUUAUACAUAUUAUCAGAGACAAUUGUAUUAUAUGUCUAUGAUAUUAUGAAUUAUGAGAGCGUUAUUAUAUUGAUAUCUUGUUAGUUGUUUUUGUUAGUCUUUUUAUGUUUGAUUUAAUUUGAUACCGUGUUUUUUUAUCCUGUUAUAAAACAUAAAACAUGUGGAUAUAUGAAUAGUUGUAAAGUUACACUAUUAAUCAUGCAAAUUUUAUUAAAGAACGAUAAGAAUCCCUUUUUUUGUUUUUUAAAUGUUCAUUUUAUUUCAGGUUUCUUGUAUUUUCUUGUCUUUUAUGCAGCAGUGUUACACUCAAUUCAUUUUAUGAAUUGUAUAUAC